AUGCCCGACGGAGAGUCCGAACACCCUGCCCCCGUCCCCAUCCUCAUCGUAGUUAUGGGCGUCGCGGGCACCGGCAAGACAACGCUCGCGAGCGCGCUGGGCGAGACGCUCCGCCUGCCGUACAUCGAGGGCGACGAGCUCCACCCGCCCGCUAACAUCGCAAAGAUGGCCGCAGGCACCCCGCUCACCGACGCAGACCGCGAACCGUGGCUCGCGCUCCUGCGCACCACCGCGGAGCACCUCGUCGCCGUGCAGCAGGCCGGCACACACACAGACGCGGACGCGGACGUGCGCGAGCGCCCCGCCGGGAUUCACUACCCCGCAGAGGCCGAGGCUCCCGAGCGCGCUCCCGGGCGCCGCACCGCGGGCGUGCUCAUGACCUGCUCGGCGCUGCGCAAGGGCUACCGCGACAUCCUCCGCGGCGUGGUGCGCCCGAGCCUCCCCGCGCCCGUGCACGAGCUCGCGCCGCCCGCACGCGAGGCACUGCCGACGUACUUUGUGUACAUCAAGGGCGAGCGCGAGAUGCUGCUCGACCGCGUCGCGAAGCGCCAGGGGCACUACAUGAAGGCGAACAUGGUCGACAGCCAGCUCGCGACGCUGGAAAGUCCUGAGGGCGAGGACGGCAUAAUCGUGGUCGGGAUGGACGCGAGCACGGAGGCGCAGCGCGCGGAGGUGCUGCAGAGGCUGGCGGGUGUGUUGUAA